AUUUGAAAGUGUUUCUUAAAAGAAUGAACCAACCCCAACAUACGCUUCCAGAUCUACUCACUCACUCGCUUUCUCUGUGUUUUUCUGUUCUGUUCUUUCAGCAUUUGAUUUUGAAUUGCAUAUCUCAACGCGCCACCUUAACUUAUGGCGCGUGAAGUUCAAAAUUGAAGUCAAACCUUGAUUCGGUGAUCGAUGGAGUUCACUGAAUCUUACAAGCAAACGGGUCCCUCUUCUUUCUCUCCCAAUGCUCGCUUCAUCGCCGUCGCCGUCGAUUAUCGCCUCGUCAUUCGCGACACCCUCUCUUUCAAGGUUGUGCAAUUGUUUUCGUGCUUGGACAAGAUUAGCUAUAUUGAAUGGGCCCUUGAUUCAGAAUAUAUUCUUUGUGGUCUCUAUAAGAGGCCAAUGAUCCAGGCUUGGUCACUGACCCAGCCUGAAUGGACAUGCAAGAUAGAUGAAGGUCCUGCUGGUAUUGCAUAUGCUAGGUGGAGCCCAGAUAGCCGCCACAUACUCACUACAUCGGAGUUCCAGUUGCGUUUAACCGUUUGGUCAUUGGUAAACACAGCUUGUGUGCAUGUGCAGUGGCCAAAACAUGCUUCCAAGGGAGUCUCUUUCACACGGGAUGGAAAAUUUGCAGCAAUUUGCACAAGGCGUGAUUGCAAGGACUAUAUAAAUCUGUUAUCUUGUCACACUUGGGAAAUCAUGGGCAGUUUUGCAGUUGAUACUCUAGACUUGGCUGAUACUGAAUGGUCACCGGAUGACAGUGCUAUUGUUAUAUGGGAUUCACCGCUUGAAUACAAGGUUCUAAUCUAUUCGCCAGACGGAAGGUGCCUUUUCAAGUAUCAAGCAUAUGAAAGUGGAUUGGGAGUUAAAAGUGUGUCCUGGUCUCCUUGUGGUCAGUUUCUGGCAGUGGGUAGUUAUGACCAGAUGCUGCGGGUCCUGAAUCACCUAACUUGGAAGACAUUUGCAGAGUUUAUGCACCCAUAUACAGUCCGUGGCCCUUGUUAUGCUGCUGUUUUCAAAGAAGUAGAUGAGCCGUUACAACUUGAUAUGUCUGAACUAUGUUUGAGUGAUGAUUUUUCCCAAGGGAACGAUGAUUCGCCAGAAGAACCCUUUAGAGUCAGGUAUGAGGUUAUGGAAGUUCCUAUUAAUUUGCCAUUCCAAAAGCCUCCUGCUGAGAAACCUAACCCCAAACAAGGAAUUGGUAUUUUGUCAUGGAGCAACGAUAGCCAAUACAUAUGUACUCGUAAUGAUAGUAUGCCCACAGUACUUUGGAUAUGGGAUAUUCGACAUCUAGAGCUUGCUGCAAUCUUAGUGCAGAAGGAUCCUAUCAAGGCAGCGGCUUGGGACCCGACUUGCGCUCGCCUUGUUCUUUGUACGGGAAGCACUCACUUGUAUAUGUGGACCCCCUCUGGUGCCUAUUGUGUUCAUGUUCCUCUACCACAAUUUACUGUCUCAGACCUGAAAUGGAAUUCUGAUGGCAGUUGUCUACUCCUUAAGGACAAGGAGUCAUUCUGCUGUGCUACUGCACCCUUAUUGCCAGAAUCUAGUGAAUACAGCUCAGAUGAUUGAUGCUUAUAAAGGAAUGAAUGAAACAAAGUGAUGGUAAAUACGAGCUGCCCUAUAUCUCUGCAUCUGGUGGAUAAAACUCUCAUGUCCAAACUUUAGGAUCUGAUUGGGCAGGAAAAAUCUUGGUUGUUGUUGUUUGCUCCAAUUGGUUGGGCAGAGCAAUGCUAAUCAUUGUGGUGUUGGGGGGGGGGGGUGUUGAGCAAAACUAUGUAGGAGUAUUUGGGAGGCCAUCUCGGCCCUUGAUGUAGGAACAUAUAUUAAAAUUUGUUCUGUUUUGUUUGAUUUUUUUAAGUGUAUUGUUGAUUGAAAUGGCAUAUAUUUAUUGAUCUUUUAA